GAUUUAGUAUUUAAGACGCUGCUCAGUGAGCCUGUUUAUUUCGUUCGAUCAUUCCACACAGCAGGCAUUGUAUUAAUAGCUAUAGCCUACCCAAUACUUUUUGCUGCCAUAUAGCUGAUCACAAACGCAAUAAUUUCUACAUCCAAACACUGUGCAGAUCUAGGCAACUGGAGCAGUCCUAGACCACUGGAUACGAGACAACUGAAGCAAGAAGUGAUAAUUCUGUGUGUAAACAUCUAGUGCUUAAAGUGUACUUAUUCCUCUUUCCCAACGACAAGCUGUCGCCUUGAAAUCAACCCCAGCAACCUUAUCUUUCAAGGUUACCGCUGUACGCUGUGAAGUGAGUGAAAUCGCUGCGGCGUACUUCAAGACUGUUCCGUGCUCUGUGUUUCGUGAAUAGGAGACGGAUAUUACACAACCCACCGUCGUGUUACGCUGGAAAGAACCAUCAAUCAACACCGUUCCACAUUCGAAAUAGACCACAACGAGCGAAACUGAAAAUGCUGUCCCACUUGCUGAAAGAGAACAUCAACGUAAUUGUCAGUACCGGAAAUGUGCUAAAUGUAAGCGACCUCCGGAAGAAAGCUGGCCAGAAACCAACCGAUGAGUUGACGGACUGCUUACGAUCCACGUUUGCUGAAGCAGAGGUCAUUGAUGCUACCGACAGGCAGCCAAGUUUGGUAACCCGCAAGAAUAACGAUUUGCUGGAAAAGGUGAAGGAACACAAACGCACGGAUAUCAAGAUUGGAGCAAAGAUUUUUUUGAAUCACUACUCGGAAACCUGUCUAACGGAUGCCGUAGAGAAAUUGUUCGAGUCGUUGAAUGUUUCCUACUUGGAUAAUCUAAUUCUUGCCUAUCAUCCUCGGGCGGCGAACAUCGGUGACGGUGAACUAAACGGAGAGGUAAAGGAAGGUGUAAUCGAGUGGGCCAUUGGAACGGACAAUGCGGUGAAUAAUCUCAAGAAACUCUGGGCUAGUUUGGAGAAGUAUGCGAUUGACAAUAAGAUUGGCCAGCUGGGAAUAGCCGACUUGGACGUGGACUCGUUGAAGGAUCUAUAUGAGGCAUCGACUGUUCAUCCAUCAAUAACGCAAAUCAACCUUGCGGCCUGCUGCGUAGUACCACCUCAGUUGCAAGAGUACUGCGGACAAAAUGACAUUCAACUGUUGACACACAGCGAUCCACAAGAACUGCUACCACGACAGGUGUUGAACGAUCUAGAGUUGAGUGCAUACCGAGCUACAUGGACAACCCGCUAUCAGGUACACAUCAAAUGCCGCGGUGUUCUUGCGGCCAAGGGUUUCAUUGUCGGUUUAACUCGAAACUAAGUGACACAGAACGUGUCGUGAAAUAAUCGGUGUAAUUUAUCGGUGGACCGUGUUAAUUAGGGUAUUGUUUAGUUUAGCAGAAAAUGUCUUUUACAUUGUAUGGCAAUAGCCAAAUAGUUCAACGAAAACUAUUGCAGUUAUUAACACACACACACUUUAGUUGUUAAGCUCUAUGUAUGUAAUACAAGAAAACAGAAAAUAUUUAAAUUGGAAGACGCCCACUAUAUACCAUUCAUUAAAGUUUAUUUUAAAUUUUUCUUAAGGGCGGAUACUAGGCCUUAAUGCAUUCAUUCACCUUUUUCAAAGACUCAACAAUUGGCAUAGUAAAACUUAUGACAUUCAUGUUUAAUGAAUGAAAACUGUUCAGUUAACGAAAUAGUUACAAUAAUCACGAAUGUCACUGUGAAAACAAAGUCGACAUAAUUGGUGGUUUAUGUCUCAGCUAGACGCACUGAUCGGCUUAUUUGCUUUCUCACUACUUGAAUAGCACGCAAUGUUGAAUGCAAUCAACUGGAUCACUGACAUAAUUUAAGUACCUCUACAAGAAGUAUCGAUGUUAACGAACGCUAGAUGGCAGUUAUGUAUUAAAUACAGGCAAAUGUAGAAAUUAUGUGAUGUAGAUGUUAUUAUACAAUCAACACAUUUAAGGCACGUGGAUUGUAGGGUGAACUUAAACAACAAAAUAAUGUUAGAAGUAUAUUUCGAAUAUUUCAGGGACUUUUUGCGUUGGAUGAUGUAUUGAAGUAUCGUUAGUCCUAUUACUGAUAGACGAAGUGGAAACCAGUUAACAGAACAGCUAGAUUUUUAGGAUUUUGUGUAGAUAAGCUUUUGAAAUCUUAAUUACUCAUGCAUUUUUUCAGUUAUGCUAUAACUGCUACGAACAAAGUGUAUUGUUUGUUAAUUAUUUUUAAACAUUUCAAUAACAAAGACUAUUUUUGAUAGCGACUUUUCACAUGAUUUUAGAAAUAACGAAACCGUAUAUACCGAGGUAAAGAAAUCGAAAGGAAGAAAAAUAAAGAUUUGACAAACCGAAGAACCAAA